GCUCCGCCUGCUGUCAACCGUUCAAAACAACAGUGCGGUGGGUGGGAAAACUUCGAAAAAAAUUGUGAAGAAACUUUCUCAGAGGAUUUUUAUAUUACUUUUGGCAAGAAUUCGUGCUAGAAAUCACAAUGUCCCUGUUGGCGCUUCGUCCUCUGCUGGCUAGGAACCGUUUCAGCACCCUCCCCCUUCUACGCAUCGCAGCGACGAUUCCAGUGCCUAAGCAAAGCCGAUGCUAUGCAACGGCUCAGAAAAGAAGCGAAACGUCCCUCUCGGCUGCCUCGGACAGAACCGAUGUUUCCACCGAUGUCCGACCGCUAGGAGAAAGAGUAAAGGAGAACACUAAAACUGCCAGCUACAUGGGCGUUAUCCUGCUGGGGGUCGGAGUGACUAGUGUACUGUUCUAUGCCAUUUUUAAGGAGCUGUUCUCAUCCAACAGUCCGAACAAUAUCUACACGGAAGCGCUGGAGCGGGUCAAGGAUGAACCAAAGGUAAAGGAUGCCUUGGGGGCUCCCAUCAAGGGAUUCGGCGAGGAAAGCCGGAGAGGACGUAGGAAUCAUGUGGCACACACGACCUACGUGCGAGAUGGAGUGCAGUACAUCCGGAUGCAGUUCUACGUGCAAGGAAUUAGGAACAAAGCCACAGUGCAUUUAGAGAAAAGAUUGAACGAAUCCGGAGACUAUGAGUAUCGGUACCUAUUUGUUCAGUUGGAUUAUUACCCACAUAGUACGAUUAUACUGGAGGACAACCGUCUACAGCAAGACGCCCUAAAAUCAUUGCCGAGUUUGCAACCCAUCGUUUGAACAGUUCCAGCGCAAUACUGCCUCCAGUCUACUACUCUACGUUUUUGUAAAUAUAUUAGGCUUUUAAUGUUUCUUCCGGCUCUGGAAACAAAAUGGA